CAAGUCUUGAGUAUGACAUUAUUCAACAGUCAUUGACACUUCUUCAACCAUUCAAACUAGCAACAACAGAGAUGUCAGAGGAACAGAGAGUGUCUGCUUCAAAGCUCAUACCAUUGUACAGGAUGUUGCAGCACAAGCUUGCACAGAAAAAAGGAAAUGCAACGCAGGAAUCAACUGUACAAUUAGGCUCACAUCUACAAGAAGGUCUGCACUCCAGAUGUGGAGGGUACGAGACUUUUAGAGCCUUGGCACUGGCUACACUGCUGGACCCAAGGUUUAAAAAUGUGGCUUUUGGAAAUCCUGCCAAAGCCCUGGAUGCUGAAAAGCACAUCACACUGGAGUGUGCUUCACUGAUGCGUUCAAACACAACUCCUGAACCACAAAUGUCAACAUCAGGCCCAUCAUCAACACCAGUUGAAACACAAGACAGUUUAUGGGAACAUUUUGACAAUCGUAUCCGUGAGACCCAGAUGAUACACAAUCCUACAGCUGAUGCCACAGUGGAAGUGAAAAAAUACCUCAGCGAUGCAGGUGAGACACAUCCAGUGGACCCCUAUAGGAACUCUUUGAGAGUAAUGGGUUCGUCAAUGCCGUUAGUGGGGGAUCACCAGGCUGAAGACCAGCAGCUCAUAGCAGACAUGGUCAAUGCCAAAAUGAACCACGUCAUGACACAAAACUCCAAGAGACCAGCUGUCAUUCAACCAAGACAGAAUGCUGCUGAGAAGGACGCUCUGGUUGAUGCAAAGAAUGGCCCACCACAGAAAGCUCCUCCUCAAGGUUGUUUGCAAUACAUUAGUCCAGGCUAA